AAAAAAUCAUAACUUCUUCAGAUUUAAAAUGGAAAAAUCGAAUCGACCUCAGCGUAAUCGUCGUCAUAGUAGACGAGCCUGGCCACCAGAAGAUGAUUUACAUUAUCCACGUCCAGCCAAACGUUUAUUUACGCCCGAAAUCAAGCGUAUGCUUAAAGAAUGGCUAGUAAGACGACGUGAAAAUCCCUAUCCUAGUCGAGAGGAGAAGAAACGUUUAGCCAUCGAGACUGGUCUGACGUAUACACAAAUCUGUAAUUGGUUUGCCAAUUGGAGGCGUAAACUGAAAAAUUCCGAAAGAGAAAAAUCAAAAAAAUCUUGGGGUCAUUUAAUCAAACACUAUAAUAACAAUGCCAAGGGAAAUGUAGAACAAUUUAGUAUAUCAUCGGAGGACAGUAUAUGGGAAGAGGAACAAGAACAGCAAAGACGAAAUCGAAUGAAUGAACGAGCAUUAAAGGGCGUGGAUUAUGAUGAGGAGUAUGAGGAUGAUGAUGAUUCAUCGUUAUGUGAUAUAGAAGGAUCUAAUGAAUCUUCCACCGAUAUAGAA